AUGCACAAGAUGAGGAGAUUGAAAAUAGGAAUCCGACCGCAGUUGAUGGUCUUGGUGGGGUUUGCAUCGUUGGUAUCACUAUUGAUAUUGGGACUAGUCACCGGAAUCUACUUUAGUGACAAUCUAAAGAGUCUAAGGUCAGAACGACUACUGGUAAUUGCCCAGUUGAAAGCUCUUCAAGUAGAGCAAGCCGUCGACUACUUGGAAAUCACAGUAUCCUCCAUAGCCUCAGUGGAUACAAUAGUCAACUCUAUGCAACAAGCAGACGAAGGAAACACACUGUCUGCGGUAUUCCAGGAAGCUAACGACCUCUUUGAACAAUACAUCUCAACAGACGUACUCCUUUCAGCAAGAAUCUACGACAAAGAUGCAAACCUCUUGUUAGCAACUACUGAUGAUGUCACUGACAACAACAACAACAACAACAACAACGAUGAUCUGCCGUCCAUAUCAAAUGAAAUAAAAAGCCAACUAUAUCCCAUACCAGAUGGAGGACCCGUACCAGAUGUGGUGGACAUCUACGCCAGAGAUGGAUUUUAUUAUUCGGGACCCAUUGCAAGCUCCAACAACUCAUCGGCCAAAUACUAUGCCGGUAUCACCACAUCCAUCCUUGAUCUGGAUAACUCUCUACUCGGUUAUAUAACUGCCAUUGCUGCAGCAGAUGCACUUUCCGCAGCACUAAAUGCAACGUCUUCAGACUACUGGGCGCUUGCAAUACAACCUAUUUACUCAGAUGGUACCUCCGACUACAUUGCAAAUACUACCCAAAACGUCACUGGGUUUGAAGCCGUUUUCCCUAACCCAGGCGGCAUCAUCAAGGUGGGACAAACCUACAAUAUCUCUCGAUAUUCCUUUGUUCGUCACGCGUUCAAGUCUGGAGAUGAAUCUGGUGUAACAACAAAUGUUAAAUCAGUCAGCGGUGCACGUGUUGCAGCCAGCUUUAGAAGAGUAAUUUUUGGUAACUGGAAUUGGUUGAUUGUUACUUCCCAAAGGAGGUCUGAAUUCAAUGCUCCAGUAACAAAAAUGAAGAAAAUCAUUAUUGGCGUUGUUAUUGGAGUAGGUGCAUUCAUGUGUCUUCUCACAUUUACUUUGGCUGCUUGGUUCAUCAGACCAAUAACAAGAUUGAAGGAAGCAACAAUGUCAAUCACUAGAUACAAAAAGGAAAAACACGGAGGCAACUCAGGUUCAGGUUCAGGUUCUGGGUCAGGUUCUGGAACAGGAGCAGGACAAAGACCAGGGUUGGACACGAUGCCAGAUGAUACCUUGUCAGAUGAAAAACAUUCAAAACGAAGUAGUGUGCACACAUUGUCAUCGAGUGGAUCGUCUUCUGUUUACUCCACAGGCAUUAGAUUACCAUCGCGCAUACCAAGAUCAAAGAUGCUAUUUAAAGAUGAGUUAACAGAAUUGUCCGAAGCUUUCAAUAUCAUGACGGGAGAGCUAGAACGACAAUAUGUCCACUUGGAAGAUAGAGUCAAACUUCGGACAAGGGAACUAGAAGCAUCCAAGAUUGAAGCCGAGGCUGCCAACGAAGCCAAGACUGUGUUCAUUGCCAACAUUUCACAUGAGCUUCGUACACCAUUAAAUGGUAUUCUCGGAAUGGCAUCAAUUGCUAUGGAGGAAGAAGACCAAGCACGAAUGAAGGAAUCACUAAAGUUAAUCUAUAGGUCAGGUGAAUUGCUUCUACACAUUUUGACUGAGUUACUCACUUUUUCUAAAAACACAUUGAACAGAUCCAAGUUGGAGAAAUCAAACUUUCAAAUACUCGAAAUAUCAUAUCAAGUUCAAUCAAUAUUCAUCAAAUUGGCCCAAGAUCAACGCGUGAAUUUCAAAAUAUUUGUUAAGCCGAAUAUUUUUCGAAAAUUGAUUUUGUAUGGCGAUUCCAACAGGAUUAUCCAAAUAAUCAUGAACUUGGUGUCCAACUCACUUAAAUUCACACCAGUUGAUGGUUCCGUUGAUGUAACUUUCCGUCUUCUUGGAGAAUACGACCUUGAAAGGUCCAAAAAGGAUAAUUAUGAGCAUGUAUAUGUUUUACCACCACAACAAGAAGAAACAACUUCACCUAUAAAGCAACAAGGAAAACCACUUUCACCGGUUAUAGAAUUUGACCGUCAAAGCGAUUACUUUGCACCAAAACCCAAACCUGCAAUACCAGCAACCAAUAUUGAUGAACUAACGACGGCACUCUAUGGCGGUGCCACAACUAAUGAUAAUGAACAAAUUAAAAACAACAGCAACAAACAAAAUAGCUUUGUUAACAACAACGACAAUGCCAACUAUGAAGACGACGAUGCACACAGUAUUGCAACAAUCUCUACAACACAAUACGAAAGGAAAAUAUUUGAGUCUCAAUUCACGAAUAAGCCAUUGUCAACUCCUUUAAGUAUAUCACCAGGAAACUCUUUGGAAAAAAUUCCAUCCAGAAAUAGUCGAACUCCUUCUGUUACUACAAUCCACGAUCUGACGAGUCUCAACAGGCUUACACUCACGCCAAAUUCUAAUGAUAUGCGCACAUACCCAAAGCUCGACAAGAGGUCAGAUUUUGAUAACGAUAUGGCCAAUAAUGAAGUUGUCAAGAAUGACAAGGCAUAUAGGGUAAGAAACAUGUACAAGCCCAAGACUUGGGUCAUUCAAAUUGAGGUGAAGGAUACAGGUCCUGGUAUCGAGCCGGCAUUGCAAGAAAAAGUAUUUGAGCCGUUUAUUCAAGGUGACCAGACGUUGAGCAGAAGUUAUGGAGGAACGGGAUUGGGACUUAGUAUAUGUCGUCAAUUGGCAAAGAUGAUGAAAGGAACAUUGACUUUGAAAUCAACUGUUGGCCAAGGGUCUACAUUCACAUUGUGCUUGCCAUUGCCUCAAACAGGUGAGAUUAUGAUUCCGCCUCAAGAUUUAGACGAGUUUUGUGAUGAUGAGUUUAACCCUACUGCCAAGGUGAAUAGAAAGGUUGUCUUUGACAAGUCGGUUACCGUGAUGGAUGAUGUGGUUGACGAUAAUACUGCACAAAGUUCUUCUGGUGAAUUGGGUCUGGAGGGCGAAAAGAGCUCUGAUGAGUCUAAAUCUUCAUCAACCUCUACUUCCUCAGUGGCAAGUGCCUCGGGCAAGGUUCCCGAAGCAAUGGUCAAGAGUCUCAAAAAGACGAUAUUUACCGAGAAGCCAGAGUUGCUUCAGCAAGGAUCUACUGGUACAGCAAACUUUGCCCUUUUAACAAAGUCUCCAAAACCGGAACCAAGUGAGCCCAAUUCGGUAGUCAGUGCGAUUACAAACACUAGGAUACUUAUUGCUGAAGAUAACAAAGUUAAUCAGGAAGUUAUUAAGAGAAUGUUGAGGCUAGAAGGGUUCAACAAUAUAUUACUAGCCUGCAAUGGUGCAGAAGCAGUUGAGUUUGUAAAAGAUUCUGAGGCACAGAACAAUCCAUUUGGUCUAAUAUUUAUGGAUGUGCAAAUGCCACAGAUUGAUGGUUUGCUUGCGACAAAGAUGAUUAGACAGAAUUUGCAUUACACAAAACCAAUAAUUGCGCUUACUGCAUUUGCAGAUGAGAGUAAUGUUAAAGAGUGUUACAAUGCUGGAAUGAAUGGAUUUUUGGCCAAGCCCAUCAAAAGGAUGAAUUUGAAAAAGAUUUUUCAAGAGUUUGGACCAGCAUUGAUGGAAGAAGUUUUACAAAAACAGAUCGAGGAGGAAGUUAUUGUAGAGAAGAAUAAAGAGAAACAUACAGUGGGUAAACAAAUUGAAGAGUCGAGUGGAGAGAAACCAAUGGAUUCAAACGAACAACAUGUUGAAUCUGAGGCCAACGAAACUUUGAAAAGAAGAAAAGGCACAAUGUCUGACAUUCAAGAAUAG